AUGGCGCCUCCUCUUGCCGAAAGAAGACAUAGCAAGUGGACCCUGCCGCCAAAUACUGCCUUCCAAUACCCCGUCUUCAACCCAGAGCUCCCAAAGCUACAGUUCUCUCCGUCACCACUGUAUGCAAAAGGCUGGAACAACCUCCUACGCCACUAUCCAGGCGAUCUCGGGUCUACUAUCACUGGUAUCCUGACCUACGGUGCCCAGAUCGGCUAUAGAGGCAAGAAGCAGUUUUGUUAUUCCACCAACCAUCACAUACACGAACCCGGCAUAAUCUCGGCUAAACUAGCAGAGGAUCUCAACCUCGGUCGCAUUAGAUUGGCCUCUAGGCCCUCCUUCGUUUCGUCGCUCGGGUUAGUCCCGAAGCACGAUGGAGGAUGGCGCCGCAUCCAUGAUCUAUCCUGGCCCCCGGGACAGGGUCUUAACCAGGGCAUACCGGACUCUUGGUCAGCCAUUGAAUACAUGACAAUCGAUGCAAUCUACGAGCAGGUCACACAAGCUGGUCUAGGCUGCACAAUCAUUAAGAGGGACAUUAAGGACGCCUUCCGAAUAGUCCCUGUUGCCGAGGAUAACCAGCAUCUCCUUGCCUUCCAGUGGAACGAUUCCACUUAUAUUGAAUGCUGCCUCCCCUUUGGCCUCGCUACGGCCCCAUUUCUCUUUAACCUCUUUGCUGAGGCUCUCCAUUGGAUACUCCAAUGUCUCCUUCCGGUAUUCUAUAUCAAUCAUUACCUAGACGACUUUAUCGCAAUUACUCGGUCUCCCUCAGUGUCCGAUCCUACGGGUCCCUUUGACGAGGUUUACAACGGAGUCACUGACUAUCUACGUAUCCCCCGCAAUACCAUCAAGGACCAGCAAGGGACUUGCGUUACAGUCUUGGGUAUCCAGAUCGACUCUAUUACAAUGGAAGCUCGCCUGCCGCCAGAAAAGUUGUGCCGCGCCACGUUGGACGCCGUAGCUGCCCUUGACGCAGCGAGUCUCUCCCUCAAGCAAACAGAGAGUCUCACAGGUUUAUUAGCCUUCUGUUCAAGAGUUGUCCGGCUAGGAAGAACAAGGCUACAGUCUCUGUACACCUUCCAAGCCGCCUUCCCACAUGGGAGGAGCGCGCGCCGCCGUAUCCCUUACGAGGUACGUGACGAUUUGGAAUGGUGGAGGGACUCCUUGUCUCUCUUCAACGGCGUACUCCUACUUGACCCCUGCCUCCGCACUAUCACGCAUCUAUAUACAGAUGCCUCUAGUAUCGGUCAGGGACUCUUCUUCUUCUCAUCCAAGUCUACAUCAGACUGCUGGCGGGCCAAUGGUCACCAGCUUCAUCCACACAAUGCUGCCUCACUGGCCCUUGCUCAAGACGCACACGCGCACCAUUCCCGCAAUGCCGCCUCGAUGGCCGUUGCUCAAGACGCACACGCGCAUCAUCCCCGCAAUGCUGCCCCAUUGGCUGUUGCUCAAGACGCCCACGCGCACCAUCCCCGCAAUGCUGCCCCAUUGGCCGUUGCUCAAGACGCACACGCGCAUCAUCCAAGCAAUGCCGCCUCGAUAGCCGUUGCUCAAGACGCACACGCGCACCAUUCCCGCAAUGCCGCCUCGAUAGCCGUUGCUCAAGACGCACACGCGCACCAUUCCCGCAAUGCCGCCUCGAUGGCCGUUGCUCAAGACGCACACGCGCAUCAUCCAAGCAAUGCCGCCUCGAUGGCCGUUACUCAAGACGCACACGCGCACCAUUCCCGCAAUGCUGCCUCACUGGCCCUUGCUCAAGACGCACACGCGCACCAUUCCCGCAAUGCCGCCUCGAUGGCCGUUGCUCAAGACGCACACGCGCAUCAUCCAAGCAAUGCCGCCUCGAUGGCCGUUACUCAAGACGCACACGCGCACCAUUCCCGCAAUGCUGCCUCACUGGCCCUUGCUCAAGACGCACACGCGCACCAUUCCCGCAAUGCCGCCUCGAUGGCCGUUGCUCAAGACGCACACGCGCAUCAUCCAAGCAAUGCCGCCUCGAUGGCCGUUACUCAAGACGCACACGCGCACCAUUCCCGCAAUGCCGCCUCGAUGGCCGUUGCUCAAGACGCACACGCGCACCAUUCCCGCAAUGCCGCCUCGAUGGCCGUUGCUCAAGACGCACACGCGCACCAUUCCCGCAAUGCUGCCCCAUUGGCCGUUGCUCAAGCCGCACAUGCGCACAUCAAUACUAACGAAGUAGACGCCAUCCUACAAGGCUUCCUACUCUUCAGCCACCAUUGGCUUCAUCAUACUCUCGUUAUCCACACGGAUAGCUCCACAGCGCACGCGGGACUAAGGAAGGGCUUCCUUCAUGGUCCACCUAACGCACCCCUGAAGAGCCUGCUUAUCCUAGCGGCGGCGAGAGACAUCCAAAUCGUGCCACAUUGGCUCCCUUCCGGGGAAAACACAUUAGCUGAUGCCCUCUCCCGCAAUAACUUUCAAGAGGUUGCUAACAUUUGUCCCCACUGGCAGGACCUCUCGGUAUUGAACCGCCCGCGUGGUUCUCUUCACGAGCUCCUCAGCUCAAUGCAGGCCACCUAA